CAACCUGGUGCUCCUAGGACGAAGGAAAACACCGCCGUCAUCCCUGAAUCACUUGCGUCUACCGAUGCUGACCACGCCCGCAACCCCAAGUCACCCAGCAAUGCCGACUUCGGGCCCAAAAAUGUUUUCGUCAGUGAGCCAUACCAAGGCCAGCAGAUGAACUACCCCACAAGAGGUGCUACCUCUGGUAAUAAACAGUGGCAGUCUCAGGCAGCUGUUCCUGAGCAGCGAACCCAGGCCCCCACCUACGGUCAGGGAAGCCAAACCUCCGGUAUGGGAAGCCAGUACACCCAAAAAGGCAGAGAGACCGGGGGCUCAUCCUCGGCCACUAGUGGUGCGUAUGCCUACUCUGGCCAAGGAGUCCGGGAUACCACUGCUGUUCGUGACAAUACCUCCACGGCCAGGGAUCAGGGAGUCUUAGGCAAAUCAAACAUUUCCAGCCCUACUGGCGCCUAUGCCCCUUCUGGCCAGGCGGUUCAGGAUGGAGGGGAUGCACGAGAUAGAGUAAAUGUGCCUUCAUCGAUUAACAAGGGAACAGCGUACCAACGAACCUCCAGCGCUGGACAAUUUGCUCAGCAAAUGCCAGAUAACGCAGCCAAGUCUAUGCAGAAAGACAAUGAAUACGGUAGUACAACGGCCACUGGAGGUGUUGCUGGUGGCGUCAUGGGACAAGGAACCAAGAGCAACGUCGGUCAAGGAUCUACUCCGAACGUCACAGACGACAACGCUGGAACCCGCUCAUUGCAGAAGGACACGGCAUCUCCUAGCUCAGCAGUCGCCGGAGGCUCCGUCGGAAAACAGAACGCCAAUGACAACAUGAAGGCACGGGAUGCCCAACAAGAAAAAUUGUCCGCAGCCAAGUCAACCUCAUCAGCAACUGAGUCCACCCCCAGUGGAGUAGAUGCAGUGAACGCAAGGAGCCAGGUGCAGAACAAAGAAUCUCGAGUUUACCAUGACAAGUCAACACAAGAUGAGACCGGCGAUGUGGUUGGCUCUACUCAGAAAGGCAGCGGUAUGGGAGAGACCGACAAAGGUGGUUCUGAUUCCCAAGAGAAAGGCAAAGAGAGUGCAGAUGGCACUGGAGACAAGCUUCCCAGGAAUACCAAAGUUAGCGAGGAAGCGCUGAAAGGCCCUCAGACCCCGGCGCGGGAACCCUACGAAUUUGAGAAGCGCCUGGAUCGUGGGUACAGCCGCUCGAAACCAUCAGGUCCCGACACUAGCAAGAGUUCCAACGAAGGAGGAGCGGCAGCAGCACAAAAAACUAAGGCAAAGGAAAACGGUCACCAGCAUCACGGUCCCAUUACUCAGCUGAAGGAGAAAGUCUCCAAGGUUCUUCAUCACAACAACGGCAACGGCAACGGCGCGAAGGCAUAA